AUGGUGGAGAAGGUGUUCACUGAUCAAGUGGAGAGAAUGAAGAUAGUGGGACGAUGGUUCUCGCAGUUGUGGAAGCGGCGUGAAGAAGAGAGAUUGAGAGCUGAGGAGGACGCUUGGGAAAAUGAUGAUGGUGGCGCUGAUGGGUCAUGGCAUAGAGUGAGGGAGAGUGAGGCGCGGUGGUUAGUGGUGGUUGGUGAGAGGUGGCUGGCGAGAGGUGGCUUGCGGGUGAGGGGAAUAGCCAAUGGUGGGUGCUGUUGGAUGAAGAUGAAAUGGCUAGGAAGCGGUGGUGUGCGGUAUCAAUGA